UUGCCUCCGAACCCUUCAAGCUCCGCCGAUUCCUCUCCUCCUCCUCCGCCUCCUCCUCCGGCGUCGUCGGCGUCAGCAGCGGCGCCGGCCAUGGGUUGCGGUGGCUCCAAGGAGGACGUGGCCACCGGCAACACCACCGCCCCCGCCGCCGCCGGCAGCAGCAAGCUCUUCCGGAGGAAGUCCUCCGUCUCCGCCAGCCACCGCUCCUCCUCCUCGUCGUCUUCCAAUGGAUGCACCUCCGUCUCCGUCAAGGACGUCGCGACGAAGAAGGAGGAGGAGACCGAGGCCGACGCCGUCGAGGUGACGUCGGCCGAGGAGGCGGCGGCGGCGGCGGUGGUGGUCAAGAAGGACGUCACCAUCGCCGCUGCCACGCUCGCGGUGACCGAGGCGAUGGCGACGGCGGCGGAGCCGAAGGAGGAGGAGGAGGAGGAGGAGGAGCUGCCCGAGUCCACCAUGGCCGACGAGGCGCCGGCGGCGGUGGUGGAGGCGGCGCCGGCCAAGGCCGACGAGACAAAGGAGGUCGCUGUUGUCAAGGAGGAUCAGGAGAAGGCUGAGGAGGAGACCAAAGCCGAGGAGGAGGAGACGCCGUCGUCUCCAGCUCCGGCAACUGACCUUGGGGAAUCGAAAGAGCAGAACACCAUGGAGGCCAAACCUGCCGUCAACGACAACGGCGAGCACAAGGUAGAGGAGGUGGCCACCACCGUCGUCUCAGAGUCAUCGUCGCCGUCGCCGUCGCCGUCGGAGGCAGAGAAGAAGGAGACCGCCGCCGAGAAAACCAACGACGUGGCUGUCCCGGAGUCUUCCUCGCCGUCGGAGGCGGAGGAGAAGAAGGACGCCGCCGCCGACGAGAAAACCGCCGCCGCCGUGGCAGCGGCAGCCGCAAGCGAAUCAUCAUCACCGGCGAACUAAACGGAGGCGAGACCGAUCGAUCGAAGAGACGACGUGUAAACCAUAUCCCAUCCAUCAUAUCCAUGUACCUGGAAUUAAUCCGGGAGAUCCAUGGAUUUAUAAUCAAUCAAUCGACGUGCUCCUCACUCAUCUUUGGUUGAAGCAAA